AUGGCUAUUUCGGAUCUGUUGAACCGCCGUGUGGUGCGGGCACGCCAUGAUGAUGAGGAUGAAUUAAACUCGGACGAGUCCGGCAUGGGCGAAGAGCUGUCCCAGGACGAGGCCGAGCAGGACGGCGACUCUGAUGCCGAAGAUGUGCAAUCUGAUGAUUCGCAAAAAGCUGAAGAGUCAGAAGAUGACGAAGACACCGAAGGUGGCAACGAUAAUGCCUCCGAAGAAGCAUCCUCCGAGGAAGAAGACUCGGACCUGGGGAACGACGAUAUUCAAGCCUCUUUAAGCAACAUUUCCUUCGGCGCUCUGGCCAAAGCCCAAGCCACCAUGGGGCCGAAAAAGCGCAAAGAAAAAGCGAAUAAGUUGGCCACCGAAUCCGCCUCAACCGCCUCCCCACUCGACGACAUCCGCGCCCGGAUCCGCUCCGCCCGCGAGCAGACGCGCGAAGCAGCCGCCAAAUCCACCCCCGCUUCCAAGGAAGCCGCGAAGGAGAAGAAAGCGGCCCGCGCAUCCAAGCACGCGCCCAUGGUGCAAUCCUCCAAAUACGCCGUCACCCGCAGACGCACGGUCGUCGAGCCGCCCGCUGUCCCUAAGGCGCGUGACCCGCGCUUCGACGCUGCAGUCAUGGGCCACAGUGGUAAGGGACCUAAUGCACAGGCGGCAGAAAAGAACUACGCCUUCCUCGACGAGUAUCGCGCGUCGGAGCUGAAAGACCUGAAGAGGCAAAUGGCCAUGAUGAAGAACCCAGAGGCCAAGGAAGCGCUGAAGAAACAAAUCCGCUCGGCGACGGACCAGAAAAAGUCGCGGGAUAACCGCAAGCGCGAGGAGACCGUUAUCGCGGAGCACAAACAGCGCGAGAAGCAGGCCAUUCGUGAGGGUAAGAAGAGCACGCCGUACUACCUGAAGAAGUCGGAUUUGAAGAAGCAGGUCCUGCAGAAGAAGUAUGAGGAGAUGGGAUCGCGGGAUCGAACAAAGGCGCUGGAGAGGAGGAGGAAGAAGAUGGCUUCGAAGGAGAGGAAAGAGAUGCCUAUGGAGAGACGGGGGAUGGAGGGCAUGGGUGAUGAGCCUCCUGCGCGGGGUGGGAAGAGGAGGCGGCUUGAAUAG